CAGGAUUUGCCCAAAUCAAACAUGGCCGCUCAGCCAUGGUGGAGUCCAAUUGUCGGUGUGUGAGGCGGCCGCCAUUUUCCCGGAGCCCACUGGAUUCACUGCCAGUCCAGGCCGCACGGAGCACAUCCAGCUGGGGGACAGAGGGAGCGGAUACACAGCUGAGUGGGUUUCUUUGAACAUCUGCAUUGCAUCAAUUAAAGUCAGCCAUCUUCACAAGGGCCAGAGUCCAGAGAAAUCAAGUCAUCAAGUGACUCAGACACUAAAAGAAGAAGCUGGAGGUGACCGGGAGGUUCUUGGAUCACAUCUCAAAGAUGGACAACCAGCUGAACGGACAGGUACAAUGCGAAUUUAAGGAAGUGGCCGUUUACUUCUCCGAGGAGGAGUGGGACUAUUUAAAUUAUGAAGAGAAGGAGCUUUACCGGGAUGUGAUGAUGGAGAAUUACCAGACCCUCAGCUCUCUGGGAAGGAUUCACAUGACGCCUUUGAUUAUAUCAGCGAUUGAGCGAGGGGAAGAGCCGUAUGUCAGGAGCCACCUGCAGGAUAGUCUUUUGAAUACUGGCCCAGGUGGUUCCAUCGGCAGAGGUUAUCCAGAAGGACACGAGAAGAACACAAUUACACAAACCAAUACUACGAAUACAUCUUUUAAUAAAAGGACCAAGGACUCAAACUCCCCAAAAUCCAGGAAUCCCUCAGAAUCUUGUAUGUCUACAAGUGAGAUAGAAAACAGAAAAACUAAAAAAUACCCCUGUUCUGAAUGUGGAAAAAGUUUUGCCAGUAAAUCAGAUUUUUCAAAGCAUCAUGUAACUCAUACAGGAGAAAGACCUUUCUCGUGUUCUGAAUGUGGGAAAUGUUUUAGUCGACAAUCACAUCUUGUUAGUCAUCAUAAAACUCACUUAGGAGAAAAACCUUACUCGUGUUCCGAGUGUGGAAAAUGUUUUGUUAGUAAAUCGUAUGUGGUUGUACAUCAGCGAACUCACACAGGAGAGAAACCGUUCUCAUGUUCUGCAUGUGGGAAAUGCUUUGUCAGUAAAUCAGACCUUGUUGUACAUCAGAGAACUCACACAGGAAUAAAACCUUUCUCAUGUUCUGAAUGUGGGAGAUGUUUUAGUUGCAAAUCACAUCUUAUUACACAUAGCAGAACUCACACAGGAGAGAGACCUUUCUCGUGUUCGGAAUGUGGGAAAAGCUUUAGCCGGCAAUCAAUUCUUGUUAUACAUCAAAGAACUCACACAGGUGAGAGACCUUUCUCAUGUCCUGAAUGUGGGAGAUGUUUUAGUCGCCAGUCACAUCUUGUUGGCCACCUGAGAACUCACACAGGUGAGAAACCUUAUUCAUGUUCUGAAUGUGAGAAACGUUUUAGUUGUAAGUCAAGUCUUGUUAUACAUGGGAGAACUCACAUGGAAUAGGAGCCUUUCUCAUGAUCUGAAUGUGGGAAAUGUUUUAGUCGCCAGUCACAUCUUGUUGGCCACCUGAGAACUCACACAGGGGAGAAACCUUAUUCAUGUUCUGAAUAUGGGAAACGUUUUAGUUGUAAGUCAAGUCUUGUUAUACAUGGGAGAACUCACAUGGAACCUGUAAAGAGAGAUCUAAUUUUUAAACUUCCUUUGUUGCGCAGUAUUUUUAAUGUAGAAUUCAUUACAUCCUGCUCGGUUAUAUAUAUUUAUUUUAGAGAUGGUUUGUUUCAAAAGCAACGUUUCUUAACUUUUUCAGGGCAUCUAAAUUACAUGUGUGGCAAUGUGCUCAGAGUCCGGUGUUUGGAUAAAGCAGUUCACCUGGUGGUGACUGAGGAGUUGUCAGUCAUGGAUUACUUGGUGAAUGGACAGGAUCAGUAUGAGUUUGAGGAAGUGGCCGUUUACUUCUCCGAGGAGGAGUGGGACUAUUUAAAUUAUGAAGAGAAGGAGCUUUACCGGGAUGUGAUGAUGGAGAAUUACCAGACCCUCCGCUCCCUGGGGCAGAUGAACAUCAUACCUCCACUUAUAUCCGUGAUCAAGAGAGGUGAAGCUCCGUAUGUGAGUGGUCAGCAGCAGGACAAAGCACCAAGGACAGAUGAUUUUGUGAACCUAAAUAAUCCUGAAGAACAUCUAAAGAACAUAAAUACAUUGAGCAGGAGUCUGGUGAUGGGAGACAGAAUAAAGCUGGAAAAUGCAAGCCCGUGUGAACAAGUCAGUUCUCCAGAGCCACAUAUAUCUACAAAUCCCAAAACAGAUGGACAGCAACAUCUCAUAUCUCCUGAACGUGGCAAACUUUAUCAACAUAACUCAGACCAGCUCCAGAUGUAUAAUACAGCAGAGAAAAUGUAUUCUUGCCCUGACUGUAAGAAACGUUUCAUCUAUAAAUCCACUCUUGUUGCACAUCAGAGAACUCACACGGGAGAGAAAUGUUUCUCAUGUUCUGUGUGUGGAAAAGGUUUUCAUUAUAAAACAGAUCUUAUUGUUCAUCAGAUGAUUCACACAGGGGACAAACCUUUCUCGUGUUCUCAAUGUGGGAAGAGUUUUCAUUCGAACACAGAUCUUGUAACACAUCAGAUGAUUCAUUUGGGUGAGAAGCCUUUCUCUUGUUCUGAAUGUGGGAAAGAUUUUAGCCAGCGAUCAACUCUUGCAGCACACGAAAGAACUCACACAGGAGAGAAGCCUUUCAUUUGUUCAGAAUGUGGAAAGGGUUUCAAUCAGAAAUCAUCACUUGUUACACAUCAGAGAACUCACACAGGAGAGAAACCUUUCAUUUGUUCUGAAUGUGGGAAAUGUUUUAGCCAGAAAGCGUCUCUUGUUGCACAUGAGAGAACUCACACAGGUGAAACGCCAUUCAUUUGUUCAGAAUGUGGUAAAAGUUUUCACUAUAAUGCAGACCUUGUGACACAUCAAAGGACUCACACAGGAGCAAAGCCUUUCUCCUGUUCUGAAUGUGGAAAAUGUUUCAGCCAGAAAGCAUCACUAGUUGGACACAUGAGAACUCACACAGGGGAGAAACCAUUCUCCUGCUGUGAAUGCGGGAAAUGUUUCACCUUCAAAUCCACGCUUGUUGCACAUCAGAGAACUCACACAGGAGAGAAACCUUUGUCAUGUUCAGAAUGUGGGAAAUGUUUUCACUAUAAAUCAGAGCUUAUUACACAUCAGAGAACACAUACAGGAGAGAAACCAUUCUCUUGUUCUGUAUGUGGGAAAGUUUUUUCUUAUAGUUCAUAUCUUGUUGUGCAUGAGAGAGCUCAUGCAGGCAAGAAAUCUUUCAUGUGUUCUGAAUGUGGGAAAUGUUUCAGCUUCAAAUCAGCUCUUGUUAGACAUCAGAGAACUCACACAGGAGACAGAACUAUCUCAUGUUCUUAAUGUAGAUCGAUUUGAAACCUGAAGAAUUACCUAGUG